AACAUUAAGAUGUAAUUAGAGUUAAGGAGAAGAGUGGGGACUGGUGAUCAGGGAAUUUCACGCUCGUCAAGUGUAUACGACUUCUUAUUGGCCAAUUUUUCUAGGUUGGCUUCACAUCCUUUUCGACACAGGUGGUGUAAAACGUGUUUUACACUCUCAAGAUGAUCCCAGAAGAUGAUGUUUUGAAAGAACUUUGAUGCUUUAGAGUUAUCAUGUGUGCUUAAAUAAAGAUAAUUGUUUCAUCUCAUGAAAUAGUCCGCGUUUCAGCUGUUUUUGUUCAGUUGUUUUCUAAUUUUAUAAGAAAAUGAUUUUAGAAGUGUUGCGUGCAUUGUGAUCGAGCGAUUUCAAAAAUCACCGAAAAUAUUGGCCAUGAUUUUCGUGAUGCUGUACAUGCUUUUCUCAUCAAAUUACCGCUCUAGUAAUUACGUGAUUGCACAAAUUUGUUGACACUUAAAUGGAAUGAAAAACAAAUAUUCGACAACUACGUGACAAGACAUAACCAGGAAAUGUUUCAACUUCCUCCUCCUUUAAUAAACAGUGGCCCUCCAUAUUUUUUACCAUGGACAUCCAGUCAAUCUAUAGGCUGUGGUUCAGGAGUUGUUGGAGGAGGCUGUAUAAGACCAGAACGUUCAACAAGAACAAAUGUUCAAAAGUUAACAUGGAGAAAUUCUCCAUGGGUUAAAGGAUACAAGAUCAACAGUAUGACUAUAUCAGAUAUAAGUCCAACUGUUGCUGUAAGGCGCGUGGUACUGCUAUACGAAAAUCAACAAUACCGUGAAGCCGCAAACUUCAUCAACAGGUUACAUACUUCUAUAUUUAAAUCAAUUGUUGAUGAUUUACCAAUGGAUGAGUUUGUUGAAGGUCUGCCUCAAAGUUUACCAAUAUUGGAGGCUUUAUAUGCUAAAGUAUUUCUAUCUGAUGGUUUGAAUUUCCCAAUGAGACUCUUAAGACCUGAAAGAGUCAUCAUGCAAAUGGCUAAAUUACUCUCGCAUAGGGAUUUGAUAGAUUUUACUGUUGAUGCUCCAAAUCCUAUAAUUCUGUCUUGCAAGAAGUUAAUAAAGAUGAUUGUUUUAUCGGAGCCAAGAUUGAAAAAGCAAAUGAUUGGCAGAAAAAGAGCACUGGAAAAGGCUGUCGAGGGGAUUGGUCAACAUGGACUUGUAGGAACAUCAGACAAAAUUCUAAUGAACCUACAUGAAGCAUUAAAAGUUGAACUGGAGAGAGCAAUUCACCAAUAUAAAAUAGCUGUUCAAAAGUUGGAUUGUCUUACGUCAAAGCACACUAAAUCUCUUUCUUAUGGUCCAGCACCAACAAAAGCAAGUCACCAAAGGCAGUUAAGUCUCCGACAAGAUGAAAUUCAAGAGCGACUCAUUAAAAACAAAUCUCUGCUGAAUGUCAUUGAACCAACUUUAACAGAUCAUUCCUUGGGUCUUCUAUUGAAAAUUUUAAGAAAAAGAGUUGAAAUCGAUAAAGAUAUCAUAUUUCAGUUCACACAGCUUAAAAAAGAGGUAAAAGAUGUCAACCCAAAUGCAGUUGUUGCUCCAAUUUUAAUGAAAUUUUCAAAAGGUUGUUCUCGAGUACUGGAAUUGAUGAAAGAACUUGGAGACGAUGGAGACGAGGACACAAGUAGCAGUGAUAUAUCUGGAUAUCAUAGUGACUCAGAUUCAGCAAUAGCUAGUUUGCAGAGUCCAGGUUGUAGAAGAUAUAAUCUGAUGUAUCGUUCAGUGCGACUCCACAGCCGGAAUAGUGCUGGAAGCAGCAAUCCUGAUAAUCGAUCCUGUGAAAGUGGAAGAUCAUCUCGUAUUAAACAACAGCCGCAGCCAAAAACUAUGAAUCGGAAUCCGAAUAAUCCUUUUAAUUCAUCUGCUACCUGCAAGCCGGAUUGCUCAAUCUCUAUAUAUGUUCCUGACGCACAUUCAUCCAUUCCAUCAGAACAUGCCGUCAACUAUUGGCAAGUUUCAACAUUGCAAAAAGAAAUUGAAACUCUCAGAAGUGAACUAGAUUAUGCAAAAGUGACAAUCACCAAUUUACAAGAACGUGAACAAAAACUUAAGUGCAGGUUAGCAGAGCAAGCUCAAAAAAUGCUUGAACGAGGUUCCAAAUUUGAAAACGUUUCUCUUGGAGAAAGACGACCAUCUGCCCUGGUUCGACAAUAUGGUAGUUUGUAUGCUCAGGCCAGAGUAGAUACAUUGGAUGCAUUGGAUGCCUUAGAGCCAUUAAAGAAUGCUGAUGAGUUGAAAACAAAAAUUUUGUUUUCAGUUAUAGUAUUGUCAUUUCGAUCAAUUCAAUCAUCCCUUUCAAGCUUGAGAGAAGAAAUCUUUACACUUUUGCAAGUCAAUGAAUCAACUGAACAAGAUCCUGCUUUGAAGGAUAUAGAAACCUGUGUGACUGUAUACCUAAGGAAAACAUCGGAAACUUUUGAUUUAACGAAAAAUGUGAAUGAAGUUUGCUCGCAGAUUUAUGCAACCCUUUACGACUAUCCCUGCUUGAAAAAAUGCUCUGGAUUAGUCAAGUAUGCAAAAGAUUGUGUGAGAUUGGCUUGGUGUUUAUGCAAUCAAAAUCCUCCAUAUCUCAUUGAUUAUGAAACCCGUACUUUUAGACGUGACUAUCAUAUGCGUUUUCAUACAUCCAACCAGAAGUCAGAUGCUAUCAAGAGUUACCUAUGGCCUACUCUUGUGGAAGGUGAAAAUGGUCCUUGUGUCCAUAGAGGGGUGGUUUUGACAUAAUAUAUUUACCGUUGAUGAUUGCAUUCAAGAUUGAGGUGGAAGGUUAAAAAAAGUUCAUGUGGUGGUCAGAAUUUCAUCUAAACCAUGCUUAUUUAUUUAUUUUUUCAUAAGAUUUCUGUCUGGAUAAGAGGAAAUAAAUGUAUUUUUAAAAAAUG